CCGUAAAUGAAGCUUCUUCUCCAUGUAUUCAUUCAAAUGAAAGGGUAGACUUUUGAAACUUCCAUGAAAGCUUCGUGGUCAUGUCGUUUCCUUUCUUUUACCUAAAUCCCAUCCCAUGUUAGAAAAUUCUUGAAUGCAAACCAUUGAGAGCCAGACAAGUUUCAUUAUAUUAAUUUCAACCCCCAUGGAGUUAACCUAAUAGAAUUCUAAAUGCCGUGCUUCUUGGUAUAACCAAGUUUUUCUCUUUACUUCUUUGAAAGUAUAAGCCUGCAGACUACAAACAUAUACAUAUGUACGUGCAUAUAUAUAUACGUGUGGUUAACUUUCUUCUUCUUCAACACCUAUAGCCAUGGCUGCUCUAACCUGCAAGUCUCUCCUUUUGCUUUUAGCAUCUCUCGUUUUAGCUACCUCCACUCCCACCGCCACCGCCUUGAAACCCAAGGUGACCCAAAUCCAGUUCUACAUGCACGACAUCGUGGGCGGUUCGAAUCCGACAGCCAUCCAGGUUGCCGGCAGGUCAAACUUCACGAGUCCAGACCCGAUUGCAGACACUUUCGGGUCGGUUUUCGUUAUAGAUAAUCCACUUACCGUCACACCCGACCCGAAUUCAACUGUAGUCGGACGUGCUCAAGGGAUAUAUGCAAUGGCGUCGAAGGAAAACGAAUUGAGCCUCCUCAUGAGUCUGACUUGUUCCUUCACCGGCGGAGCUUAUAAUGGAAGCUCUUUCAGUGUUUUGGGCCGGAAUCCGGUGAUGAACGAAGAGAGAGAAAUGCCGGUGGUCGGAGGGACGGGGAUUUUCCGGCUUGCACGUGGGUAUUGUUUAGCAAGAACGUCUUCGAUCGAUCAAAUUGUUGCAGUGAUCGGAUAUAAUGUCACCUUGAUACACUACUAGACGACUAUUAACUUCACGUUCUCUAUAUAUAUACACACUUAUAUUACAUGUAU